UCGCCUCCACUUCCUGUGUUGUAGGUCCCCCUCCCCUGGCCUCAGUUUCCCCGGCCAUUCAAUAGGAGGAACCCCUGGAUUUCUUUGGGGGCGGAGAAGGAGCGUUGCUUCCAAAGGAGACCCUCUUCUCACCGCACCCCUCCCGGGCGGCGAUCGCCGGGAGGGCCCUCGCAGGCCAGUGGCCGGGCGGCGGCCCGGCGGUGUCACUGUCACAGUCAGGGGAGGAGGCAAGGUCGCAGUCUGAGGCCCCCGCCUGGCCUCGGGCGGCGCUGCCGCGGCCUCGCCAACCGCCGGACCCCGCCCGGUGAGCCGCGCACCCGGGCGCAGCGGUGCCCACACUGGAGGCCGGGCGGCGGCGGCGGGGGCGGCUCCAUGCGGUACACGUGUGGCGACGCGAUCGCGGGCCAGGUGAGCCGGCGCCAUGGGGCAGGCGGGCUGCAAGGGGCUCUACCAGUCGCUCUUCGACUACAAGACCGAGAAGUACGUCAUCGCCAAGAAUAAGAAGGUGGGCCUGCUCUACCGGCUGCUGCAGGUCUCCAUCCUGACCUACCUGGUGGUUUGGGUGUUCCUGGUGAAGAAGUGUUACCAAGACACGGACACAUCCCUGCAGAGCAGCAUCAUCACCAAAGUCAAGGGUGUGACCUUCACCAACACCUCAGAGCUUGGGGAGCGGCUCUGGGAUGUUGCCGACUAUGUCAUCCCACCCCAGGGAGAGAAUGUCUUCUUUGUAAUCACCAACCUGGUCGUGACCCCCAACCAGCGGCAGGAAACCUGUGCUGAGAGUGAAAGCAUUCCGGAUGCCGUGUGCUAUGAGGACAGCGACUGCCCUCCUGGGGAGCCUGUUGUGGCUGGAAAUGGAGUGAGGACUGGCCGCUGCCUGCGGGCGGGGAGCGAGCAAAAGGGCACCUGUGAGAUCUUCGCCUGGUGCCCGGUGGAGACAAAGUCCAGGCCAGCGAAGCCACUCCUGGGCGAAGCUGAAGACUUCACUGUUUACAUAAAGAACUUCAUUCGUUUCCCCAAAUUCAACUUCUCCAAGACAAAUGUGCUGGACACCACAGACAGAGCUUUCCUGAAGUCCUGUAAAUUUGGCCCCAAGGACCCCUACUGCCCCAUCUUCCGACUUGGGUCUGUGGUCAGCUGGACGGGGAGCAGCUUCCAGGAGAUAGCUGUGCAGGGUGGUGUGAUAGGAAUUCAGAUUGAAUGGGACUGUGAUCUUGAUAGAGCUCCCUCUGAAUGUUACCCUCGCUAUUAUUUUAACCGUCUGGACAACAGAUUUUCAGAAAACUCACUCUCUUCUGGGUACAACUUCAGGUUUGCCAAGUAUUACCGAGACGCAGCUGGGGUGGAGCUCCGCACGCUGUUUAAAGCCUACGGGAUCCGCUUUGAUGUGAUGGUGAACGGCAAGGCAGGGAAGUUCAACAUCAUCCCCACAGUCAUCAACGUGGGCUCAGGGGUGGCGCUCAUGGGUGUGGGGUCUUUCUUCUGCGACUUGGUACUCAUCUACUUCAUCAAAAAGAGCCACUUUUACCGAGACAAGAAAUAUGAGGAAGCGAGAGCAGCUGGCAGAAGACAAGACCACCCAGGCCAUGGGCAGGAGACCUCAUUUCCAGGCCUGGCCCUGCCACUGUCUCCCCAGGUGACUUUGGACCAGUCCCAGGCCGCCUUGGGCCUCAGUUUCUCUCUCUGUGAGAUGAGCGUGUUGGUUUACAUACAGUGCCUUCCAGCACCUACAAUUUUAGGAUUCUUGGACUUGGUGGUCCUGGGACCUAGAGGUCCUCGCCCGAAUGGCAGAGUCCUCGCAGCAGAGCGUGGCACCGGACGCGGCGGGGCUGGCGGAGCAGCCAGAGGUGCAGGAUGGAGGUUGCGCCCAGGAGAAUGGCUGUGUGUGCCGGCAGCUCCUCCAGCCUGCCAGGUGAGGGGCUGCCCAGCCGAGGGCCAGGAACGAGGACCGCAGAGACAGCCCAGCUGGCUACUGUGCUCCCUGCUCUGGGUGACCUGGCCCCAAGGCAGCAUGCCAGGGACCCAGCAGAGCCCAUCCAAGCUGGACUCUGGGGGGGAGGGGUGCUGGUGGUGCUUUGGCCCCUCCACGAUGCCCGUUACCCUCCAGUACCCCUGAGCGACCACAAACCUGUCUGCUUGCUAUGCUAUGCCCACGUUAAGACAGUACUAUCAUUUACUCAGGCUUACUCUGCUGGGCACUGCUCUGAGUUCUUUGUACAUGUGAACUCUUUUCAGCAACCUAAUGAGGUGGACAUUAAUAUUUCCUGUUCUAAUGAGGAAACCGAGGCUCAGAGAGGUCAAGUAACUUGCUCAAGUCACACAGCUAAUAAAUGGCAGAGCUGGGAUUUGAACCUGGGCAGUGGGUUCCUAGAAUCCAGUUCUCCAUCAGGUUGUUUUGCCUUACCGGCCCUUCAUCCCUCCACGCCUCAUCAGAUGCCUCCCCCUAAGCUCCUCUUUGAUGUGGAAAUUCUGGAGCUGCCCUAGCCUGAGGACAGUGGUGGCUGUGCUGACAGGUGACCUCCAGGCUGCCCUUCCCUGAGCACUGCCCAGAAGCCCCGGGCAGCCUGGCGCUUUCUGUAGACCUGACCACAGCCUGGCGUGGGAGGGAGCCCUGGGCUGAGUCAGGAGGCAGCCCUCAGGCCUGCUCUGCUUCCCUGCCUCGCUAUAUGCCCCUGAGCAAGUGCCUGGCCCUUUCUGGGCCUGUUUUCCCUUUUGUUCCGGGGGUGCUGGAUACAGGGGAACCUCCAGCUCAGUGAGUAGGGUUCCCUGACUCUCCUCUCGUGAACUAUGUCAGAGGCGUUCACUGACCUGGGGCUGGCUGCCCUCUGCUUCGAGCUUCCAUUCUCUGCUGACUCAGCGAUUGGCAGCCUCCAGUGGGGAGCUGGGCCUGGGCAGGGAAAGAGGGAGCAGUGAGCCACGAUGGAGAGGGAAGGCAAAGGAUGGAGAGGAGUGAGGAAAGAACGAUGGAGAGGCUGGGAGAUCUGCUGGGGUAGGCCUGUGCCAGCAGCCCCCCACGUGCUCCGUCACUUCCUGGGUGCUCACCUGAGCUCUGCCUACAAGAGGAAAGAGCGGUUGCCCCGCUGGUCUUGGCCAGCCUCGCCUGUUGCUGUGGGGCCACAGCGGCUGCUCAUUGCUGGGCCAGCUCCAGAGGCCGCGGCCUGAGCACCUCCCUGUGCCUGGGCUGCGGCCAGGGAGCCCUCAGACUGCUGCUGUGAACGCUCACUGCCUACCGCGCUGCCAGCCAGAGGCUUCUGCAGGCGGAGCCUGCCUUUAGGGAGGCCGUCCCUGCCUGCAGGGCUCCCAAGCGUCCUCUGUGCCCCCACCCGCCCACACACAGGUCUGGCCACCAGGGGAAUGGCAAGGUGAAUGUGGAGCAGCUGCAGAACCUGCAGACCGUGGAGGCAUAGCCAGAGCUGUUGGCUGACAGCAGGUUUGGUGAAGAUUUGAGGGCAGAACUGCCCACAGCUCUGAACUGGAAAGAGUCAUCGUCAUCCACAUGGGACGGGGCUUCCAGGCACAGCCCGCUCUCCUGCACUUUGGGAUCCUGCUACAAGCUUUUUGUUGUGUGUGUGCGGAGGGGAGCCUCCCAGUGGCCACAGUGGCUCAUGCAGAAGAGGCCCUGGGGAGGGGAAGGGUGGAGGGCAGGCCAGGGGCCUAGAGUGUUUUCAUUUUUCCUGAGAACUUAGUAGGGCAUUCAGUUAUUCAUUCACAUAACAAACACUGAUGCCUGCUGCGGGCUGGGCCCUGUCCAAAAGAUGCUUGAAUGAGACACUGACCUGGCCCCCAGGGAGGGGGGCAUGCGUGUAAUUCCCUUCAGAGCUGACAGACAUGACAGCUGGGCCCAGGACGCUGGCCUUCCUCCAGCCUCUAGCCGAGACCUGCACAAAUCCCUAGAGCGAAUGAUGGCUCCUCAGAGAAGGACCUUGGCCAACACCCAAGGGGACAUGUGGCCUUGCCCCCAGGGGUGAAAUUUAAAGGUGGCCAAGGAGGCAACUGGGAAAGGACUGGACCUGUGAGGAGGCAGCUGGCCAUGAGGAAGGAGAGCCUCGGGAAGCUCAGGGGAUAGCGUCUCACCCAGAUGGGAGACACAUCUGCCUGUGUGGUUUGGCUCUCGCUGUUCUGUGGGGCUUGCAGUGUCCCUGCCCGGCUUCCCUCCCUGGCUCCUCUAGGGCUCCAUCUAAUGAGAUGAUGAAUGGCACUCAGUCGUCAGGUGGAAACAGUUGUUACUAGGUUGGCCUUCAGCCCCCUCCCUCAGUGGCUGUAAAGCACUGCUAUUAAAGUGUGGUCUGGACCAGCAGCAUCCGCAUCAUCUGGGAGCUUGUUAGAAAUGCAGUCUCAGGCCCCUCCCUCAUCCCCCUAAAUCAGAACCUGCAUUUCAGCAAGACUCCCAGGCGAUUCAUGCGCACGUGCAAGGUUGAGAAGCAGUGCUUGAGGAGAUAGCGCAAGCUACCUUGAGACCAAGCAGAUUCCCCCCUUCCCUCCCUCGGGAAAGUGGCAUUAUGCUCAAUUCAUUUAAAUUAAAAUAUUUUGGCUAGGUCAUACUUAAAUGACUCAAAAUUUAAGAGGUACAAAAGAACAGAAGUGAAAAGCUUCCCUCCCACCCGUUCCUGGAGGCAACCUGUGUUACCAAUUCCAAGAGGCUCACCUGUCUUGCUGAGAAUCCACUGGGUUACUCACGCCUUCCCUCAGGAAAUGAACUUUUCCUGCCGCCUGCAGUCAGACCAAGUCUCCUCUGUCAGAUGCAAGAGAAUAUGCUGGGCUAGGGAGCCGGCUGGCUCGCUUCUCCCGCUGCACUGGCUGAGGAGCCCCAGCGAAAACGCAAGGGGAGGGGUCUAGAACUCAAUCAUGGUUGUUGAAACCAGCUGGCAGCCCAGGCCUGCAGUGCUGCCCGUCACCCAGCAAGCCUGGGUGCUGUGUGAGCACCUGCUCUGACUCAAGGGAGCACCCUCUCUGGGAGGACCCUGGUUCUCCUCCGCACAGAGCGGGGAGUAAACAUCCUUCCACUGGGGCCUUUGGACAAGAGGGUUGGAAGGGCGGAAAGGUCUCUGGCGAGGCUGGCCUCUGGGGCACAGGGGCGUGGUCCCCAGAACUGGACCCCUUCUAGAUCGAGCAGCUCCUCCCCUGGGCUGCUAGGUGACCUGUCAGCAAGCCCAACCUGCUGUCUGAAGAGAAAGUGAAAACUCCAGGUGAUUUGCUGUGGUGUUUCACUUCCUCUCUAAGGCUAACCCUUGGAUCUGAUAACACAGCAUGUUACUUAUAUGUUUGGGAGUGAAAAGGGCAGGGGUCACGGCCACUGAGGAGUUGGGUCUGGUUUCUUUUAACCUGCUUUUGGAAUCGCUUGGCAGCAGCCGUAACACUUGACAGCUGUGCUAUUUGUUUUAUACUGGAAUGGAAAUGUCUCCCUACAGCUACUCCUUCAGUCAGUAAAUAUUUAUUGAGUGCC